AUUUCCUACUAUGUGAUUGGUCUGCAGCACAGGCGUGGUAGCCAAUGAGCACACUCUCGGUGAAUUGCGAGGGCAAUAUGGCUUCCCUCACCUGGUGACGGUUGAGGAAAUUGAAUUUAAUAUCAUGGAGAAACCGCAGGGCACUGAGGAGACGCCAUCUUCAGAGCCAAUGGAAGAAGAGGAGGAGGAUGACUUGGAACUCUUUGGGGGCUAUGAUAGCUUCCGGAGUUACAACAGCAGUGCAUGCAGUGAGAGCAGCUCCUAUCUGGAGGAGUCAAGUGAAGCAGAAAAUGAAGAUCGGGAAGCAGGGGAGCUACCCACAUCACCUCUGCCUUUGCUUAGCCCUGGGAAGACCCGCUCCUUGGAUGGAAGUGGUUCUGAGCCAGCGGUCUGUGAGAUGUGUGGUAUCGUGGGCACAAGGGAUGCCUUCUUCUCCAAGACCAAGAGGUUUUGCAGCGUCUCAUGUUCCAGGAGCUACUCCUCCAACUCCAAGAAAGCCAGUAUCUUGGCUAGACUACAGGGAAAGCCGCCCACCAAGAAAGCCAAAGUGCUGCACAAGGCAGCCUGGUCUGCCAAAAUUGGAGCCUUCCUCCACGCCCAGGGGACAGGACAGCUAGCAGAUGGGACACCUACAGGACAGGAUGCUCUGGUCUUAGGGUUUGACUGGGGGAAGUUCCUGAAGGACCACAGUUACAAGGCUGCUCCUGUCAGCUGCUUUAAACACGUACCCCUCUAUGACCAGUGGGAAGAUGUCGUGAAGGGGAUGAAGGUAGAAGUCCUCAACAGUGAUGCUGUGCUCCCCAGCCGGGUGUACUGGAUCGCCUCUGUCAUCCAGGCAGCUGGGUACCGAGUGUUGCUCCGAUAUGAAGGCUUUGAAAACGAUGCGAGUCAUGACUUCUGGUGUAACCUGGGGACCGUGGAUGUCCACCCCAUUGGGUGGUGUGCCAUUAACAGCAAGAUCCUGGUGCCUCCACGGACCAUCCACAUCAAGUGUACCGACUGGAAGAGCUACCUCAUGAAGCGGCUGGUGGGCUCCAGGACGCUUCCUGCAGAUUUUCACAUCAAGAUGGUAGAAAGUAUGAAGUACCCUUUUCGGCAGGGCAUGCGCCUAGAGGUUGUGGACAAGACCCAGGUGUCACAGACCCGAAUGGCUGUGGUGGACACGGUAAUUGGGGGUCGCCUGCGGCUCCUUUAUGAGGAUGGUGACAGCGAUGACGACUUUUGGUGCCACAUGUGGAGUCCCCUGAUCCACCCAGUGGGCUGGUCACGGCGUGUUGGCCACGGCAUCAAGAUGUCAGAGAGACGAUGUGACAUGUCCCAUCACCCUACCUUCCGGAAAAUCUACUGUGAUGCUGUCCCUUACCUCUUCAAGAAGGUCCGAGCUGUCUACACAGAAGGUGGCUGGUUUGAGGAAGGAAUGAAACUAGAAGCCAUUGACCCUCUGAAUCUGGGCAACAUCUGUGUAGCAACCAUCUGCAAGGUACUCUUGGAUGGUUACCUGAUGAUCUGUGUGGAUGGGGGACCCUCCACAGAUGGCUCAGACUGGUUCUGCUACCAUGCCUCCUCCCAUGCCAUUUUCCCAGCUACCUUCUGCCAAAAGAAUGACAUCGAGCUCAUACCCCCAAAAGGGUAUGAGACACAGCCUUUUGACUGGGAUACCUACUUGGAGAAGACUAAGUCGAAGGCAGCUCCAGCAAGACUCUUUAACAUGGACUGCCCCAACCAUGGAUUCAAGGUGGGCAUGAAGCUAGAGGCUGUGGACUUGAUGGAGCCCAGGCUCAUCUGUGUGGCCACUGUGAAGAGAGUGGUGCAUCGGCUCCUCAGCAUUCACUUUGAUGGCUGGGAUAACGAGUACGAUCAGUGGGUGGACUGUGAGUCCCCAGACAUCUACCCUGUGGGCUGGUGUGAACUCACCGGCUACCAGCUCCAGCCACCUGUGUCUGCAGAACCAAACACACCUCUGAAGGGCAAAGAGGCUACAAAGAAGAAAAAGAAACAGUUUGGGAAGAAAAGAAAAAGGAUCCCGUCUGCCAAGACUCGACCCAUCAGACAGGGCUCCAAGAAGCCCUUACUGGAGGAUGACCUGCAAGCUUUGGGGGUCUCAUCGGAGCCUGUUUCUGAUGACAUUAUUGCUGUGUGUGUGAAGGAGGAGCGUCAGGACAUGCCUUCGCCUGACCAGUCACCCAGUACUCUGCUGCCUCUUCCCAUUGAGAGCAUCAAGCAGGAGAGGGAUAAUUGAGCCUUCCCUGGUGUCACCCUGGACCCUAACUGAAGCCAGUCCUGGCCAUGGAGCAGAGAGGAGGCCCGGUUUUACUGCUGUGCAGCGAAUGUACAGCCUGGUCUUCUGGGGCCCAGCUCUGCCCUCGGGCCAUGCCUGAGGACUGGGCAGCUUGAGUUCUAAGCUGGCACACUCCACGCUGCACCCUCAGCACACUGGAAAACUGGACUGACCCCUGUGUCUACCCAGGCAAGUGGUAGAGUUGUGGAGCAGCUGUGAGUGGGCAUCCUCGUGGACACUAGGUGUGAACAGAGCUACCUACCUCUGCCUAAAACAGACCAAGGGCCUCAUGCCUCCUGGAGCACCCUGCAUUGCUAGUGCCCCAGGCCCCCACUUUUGGCAGGUAAUUGAGAAAUGACCAGGGUAGCAGGUUUGGGUAACUUGUGAGUGGCCUUGACCUCAGGGUUGUCAGGAACACUGACUUCUUUUCUUGAAAGAACAGUUGGGAUUACUUGUAGGGACCUGCGCCCCAAGGGGCUACUUGCUUCCAGAUACAGGAUCAGACAAUAGCUUGGCUCUGGGAUCCUGCCUGAGUUCAUGCUUCUGGAGAACCUAGCUUGGGUUGGACCUAACAUUUCCAUUCCCUCUUGGGUCAGCUAUGUAACUACUCAGCUCACUGUCUUUAUAUCAAGUUUGAGCCUCUGUUUUUCCCAGUCACACACUUUUUGUUGUGUGUGGUUGCUUUUUUUGGGUUUUUUGUUUUGUUUUGUUUUUGUUUUUCGAGACAGAGUUUCUCUAUUGUUUUGGAGCCUGUCCCAGAACUCACUCUGUAGACCAGGAUGGCUUCAAACUCAGAGAGAUCUGCCUGCUUCUGCCUCCUGAGUGCUGGGAUUAAAGGUGUGUGCCA